GUUUCUUCGGACAACCUCAACAUUUGUAACGUCACCUCUUUAAUGGUACGCGAUGGGGACAAGUUCCAAAUUCGCCAUGAAUAAGCUCUGCAACUCCGACACUGAAGAGCUCAUUUGAAGAAAUCUUUUUAAGAUUACUACCUCAAGAUGGGUUCUUUAAUCCCUUGUCUAGACCUGAAUCUCAUCCCUGACUACAGCAUUGCGGUGACCCCCAAAAGCGAGCCCAAGCUUGAACCUCUUGACGAAGAACUAUACUUCUCAACCCCGAACCCUAUUUCUAAUUCUGAUCCCAACCCUGAUCCUAAUUCUGACGUCAUCCAAGAAUUCUCUCCGGUUUCAGAUAUUACUGGCGAGGAAAGCGAUGUUUUCUCACAAUACUACCGGAUUUCUCAGCUUUUCCAGUCUGUUUUCGCCAGGAAAUUGCCACAGCAUUCUGAUUUGACGGUUGUGGAUCCCAAUUCACUUGCAAUUGUUCCUCAGCCUGAGGAAACUGGCGUCUCUGCGGCUGUCUUGAAUUACAAGAAGCACAGUCGGUCGGCGGAGAUGAUUAGGGUUUCUACUCUUGCGGUCGAGGACGCUAGAUACUUUAGGAAUUUGGUGAGGACGACGAGGAUGCUUUAUGACUCUCUGAGGAUCUUUUCGUCUCUUGAAGAUGAAAGUGGGAGAACAAUUGGUAAGAGAAUGAGGGGAGAUUUAAGAGCCGCCUCGUUGAUGAAGAGCAGGGGUCUCUGGUUGAACAGAGACAAACGUAUUAUUGGUUCAAUUCCUGGUAUUUACGUUGGUGAUGUGUUCUUCUUCCGUAUGGAAUUGUGCGUGAUUGGACUGCAUGGCCAGCCUCAAGCGGGAAUCGAUUAUGUUUCGGCGAGUCAGAGUUCGAAUGGCGAGCCGAUUGCAACGAGCAUCGUCGUGUCUGGUGGGUAUGAGGAUGACGAAGAUGCAGGUGAUGAGAUAAUCUACACUGGUCAAGGUGGGCAAGAUAGGCAAUUAGCUAGGCAAUGCGUUCACCAAAAGCUUGAAGGGGGCAAUCUUGCAUUGGAGCGGAGCAAGUAUUAUGGGAUUGAAAUACGGGUCAUUCGGGGGUUCAAAUAUGAGAGAAGUAUUACCAGUAAGAUCUAUGUGUAUGAUGGUCUCUAUAGAAUUGUUGAUUGUUGGUUCGAUGUUGGUAAGUCUGGUUUUGGUGUCUACAAAUAUAGGCUUGUGAGAAUGGCUGACCAACCUGAAAUGGGCAGUGCUGUUCUAAAAUUUGCGGGGAACCUAAGAACGAAACCUUUGGCAGCCAGGCCAUCUGGUUAUCUUAGUCUUGAUAUCUCCAAGGGGAGGGAAACUUUGCCCGUUCUUUUAUUUAAUGAUAUUGAUUCGGAUCAAGAGCCAUUGCUUUUUGAGUAUCUUCCGAAGCCUGUGUUCCCACCUUAUGCGUUUCAGCAAUUGGGUAAUAAUUUCGGGUGUGAUUGUGUUUCUGGUUGUUCCAGUGGUUGUUUUUGUGCUCAGAGAAAUGGUGGAGAGUUUCCGUAUGACCGCAAUGGGAUUCUCUUGAUGGGGAAGCCUUUGAUACUUGAAUGUGGCAGUUUCUGUUGCUGUCCACCUACUUGCCAGAAUCGUGUGACUCAAAAGGGUGUGAAGCAUCGAUUGGAAGUGUUUAGAUCAAGGGAAACAGGCUGGGGAGUUAGAUCGUUGGAUUUGAUUCCAGCUGGUUCCUUUAUUUGUGAAUAUACAGGCGUUGUGCUUGCCAGAGAACAAGUGGCAUUAUUUACUAUGAAUGGUGAUAGUUUGGUCUAUCCAAGUCGUUUUCCUAAAAAAUGGGUGGAAUGGGGGGACUUAUCUCAAGUUUUCUCUGAAUUUAUGAGGCCAGCUUACCCCUCUAUUCCUCCAUUGAAUUUUGCAGUGGAUGUAUCUACAAUGAGGAAUGUUGCUUGCUAUUUCAGCCAUAGUUCAAGUCCUAAUGUUAUGGUGCAGUAUGUACUAUAUGAUCACCUUAAUAUUCUGUACCCUCAUCUCAUGCUGUUUGCGAUGGAAAACAUCCCACCUUUAAGAGAGCUCAGCCUUGAUUAUGGAGUGGCUGAUGACUGGGGAGGAAAGCUCGCUAUCUGCAACUGAACAAUUCUGAAGAGGUGGCAGAUUUUGUGAUUUUGCAGUUUUAAAAUUUUUUUUUUAGGAAAAUGAUGCUUCGAGCUGUUUUUGGGAUCAACUCAACUUUCUUUCAAGGUUCUGACAAACAGCAGUUUUAAGACUCAAGAUAGCUAUAAUUCUCUUCAUUUUUGCCAUAGAAGAGGAGGCUGCAAAUGUUGAUUCAGAUCUCAGAUUUGCAAGGUGUUAACCAAUCACCAUCAUCCAUCACAGUUAUUGCUGCUGUCACUAUAUUGAUUGCAGGCUUUCAGCUCCCCAAACCAGUGAUGCGGCUCUAGAAAUGAAUGACUAAUUUAGCUGAAAAGAGUAUAUCCAGCUAAGAAAAGAAUGUUGUAGUUAGUGAUCGAGCUGGAGUUCCCGGACAGAAGAUCCUUUCAUCGACUUUGUGAGGGAAUCCAUUUAACAUUGUAUUUUGUAACAGGGUUCCUUUUAUAUGUGCACGGGUACAUAUCAAUGGUCAACAUUCAUUUCCGUUCAUGUAAAUAUCUUUCCGAACUGGAUACAAAACUAGCUUGUCAGGGAAGCAUGUACUACACGAGAUGGAUGCAUGAUUGCAGGUCUCUUACCAUAGUUAAUUUUUUCCCCUGUUUCAGUUUUA